AUGAAGCUCGAAUUGACUAGUUCGUCAGCAGCGCAGCAGCUGUGGGCGCUUCUUGGAGCGCCGCUCUCCCUCUUCCGCCAGAACCCCUUGACCACCUUGCUCGCCUCGCUCGUGCUCAUUCCGCUCCUUGCGAUCGUCUCCAUCGCGCUCUUCUUCUUGGGCGUGGCCGCAUGGCGCUACCUCGCAUUGCACAUCCUGGGAACCGACAUGUACGCACACCUCCCCCGUCCCAAGCGCACCGACAAAUGGCCGCUUAUCACGGGUAAUUUGGGCUUCAUCCGCCGCACACCCCCCGUCGACGGGCACCUCGCCUUCCAGCGCGAGCUCGGUACCAGCGUCUACGUCUACCGCGGCAUCUUCUACUCUCCGCGUCUAUUUAUCGCCGACGCCAAGGCAAUGCUGCACAUCCUCAGUGCAGCCAACUCGUACAACUAUGAAAAGCCGACUUCGACCCGACUCGUGCUCAAGAACUUCUUGGGAGAAGGCGUGCUCGUCGCAGAGGGAGAUGUGCAUAAGAGGCAACGCAAGAUUCUUCAGCCGGCGUUCAACGUCGGUGCGAUUCGCGAGCUCAGUCCCAUCUUCAUGCAGUACAGUCGCGAUCUCACCGACAAGAUCGGCCAGAUGAUCGAUCUGUCUGUAUCCCAAAAAGGCGGCGCAGAUGGCAUCAACACCCCGUUCGUUGGACAGUCGUCGUAUUCGCUCGAGGCGAGCAAACCAGGUGCACCUGUGCUGGAUAUGGGCUGGUGGUGCACGCGAGCAGCCCUCGACAUCAUCGGCGACACCGGCUUCGGCUACCACUUCGAAAGUCUCAAGAUUGAUGUCGACCCUGCCAUCGUUGUCGAACGACCCGGCGACAAGCUGGGCAACGCCUUUAAUGCCCUCUUUAAAAUGGCCCUCAAGAUCUCGUUUUCGCGAUUCUUGCAGAUCUACCUGUCCAAUUUCAGGCUGUUGCGAUGGGUCGAUCACAUCCCCACACAGCGCCAACGUGCAAACAAAGAGGCAUAUGGCAAGCUCGAGGAGGUCUCUAUGGAGAUUGUUCAACGCAAGAAGCGCGAGAUCCAAUCAGAGAUGCAGGCUGAGGUGCAAGCUCGAGGGUCGACCAAAGCGAACGGCAACGGAGCCAGUGCUGGAUUCACAAAGGCUGACUUUGACGAGAAGGACUCGUCAGGUGCAGGAGCAGGUUCGGCGUCGGGCAAGGAUCUGUUGCACCUCAUGAUGCGUGCCAACAUGGCAGCCGACGUAAGCCCGAGAGAAAAGCUGGAUGAUGCCGAGCUGAUCGGUCAGAUCACGACGCUGCUUAUCGCGGGUCACGAGACGACGUCCAACCAAACCGCCUGGACGCUCUGGCUGCUCGCGCAGAAGCCCCAAGUGCAGCAAAAACUGCGCGACGAGAUCCACGACCACUUUGGGCGCGGUAUGGAGCGCGACCCGGGCUACGACGAGCUCAUGUCGAUGGAGUACCUCGACGCGGUGUGCAAGGAGUCAUUCCGUUGCAAGUCGGCUGUUCCCAGUACCAUCCGCGUUGCCAACACGAGCGCAGAGAUCCCGCUCUCCCGUCCCUACCCGACCCGCGAUGGGCGCUCCACCGUCACCUCGGUCCACGUCCCCAAGGGCCUCGAAGUCAUCAUUCCCAUCCAAGUCAUCAACUCGGACCCGGCCAUCUGGGGCCCCGACGCUGCCGAGUUCGUGCCCGAACGCUGGCUCAACUUGCCCGCUUCCGCACGCCACAACGGCCUCCCCAUGCACCUCAUGACGUUUAUCUCCGGUCCGAGGGGUUGCAUCGGCAAUCGAUUCGCCCUGGCUGAAUUCAAAGCCAUGCUCUGCCACCUUGUCGGCAACUUCCAGUUCGACGAAGUAGACGGCUGGAAGAUCGAGGCCAAACAGACCGCCGUGAUCCGUUCCAGAGUCAUCGGACAGGAAGAUGUCGGCCCCCAGAUGCCUCUCCGCGUUUCGCGGAUCCCGUCGGCAGGCGCCUAG